AGCUCAAGAACUUGAGCUUGAAAUUCUUACUUCUGGAUUCAACUUGGUGUCCAAUCCGUCCACUCUUUUGCCUUGUCGAUUCGGAAACUGGCCUCCACUUGUAGACAUUAGCAUUCCUUUGGAGUUCCUUAUGAUAUAACUGGUUUCCUUGAAGAUGCUCUUCUGGUCGUCCCUCCUCGUCCUUUUCAUCCUCCCUUCAAUCGCUCUCUGUGCAGAAGACUUCUACAAGCUCCUCGGACUCGACCGCGAUGCUUCCGAUCGCGAGAUUAAGAAAGCUUAUCGGACGUUAAGCAAGAAAUUCCACCCAGACAAGAAUCCAAACAAUGAGGAUUCGCAUACCAAGUUCGUGUCCAUCGCCGAAGCCUAUGAAGUCCUCAUUGAGCCCCAAACCCGCAAAAUCUACGACCAGUAUGGCCACGAAGGCCUCGCACAACAUCAGCAAGGCGGCGGGGGCCACCAAGGUCACCACGACCCCUUCGAUCUCUUCUCACGGUUCUUCGGUGGAUCGGGUCACUUCGGACACCACGGAGGCGAACGACGGGGACCCACGAUGGAGGCACAAAUCGACGUUCCCCUUCGAGACUUCUACAUGGGGAAAGAGAUGCAGUUCACGAUUGAGAAACAGGCGAUUUGUAGUUCGUGUGAGGGCACCGGUUCGGAUGACGGUGUAGUGGAUGAAUGUUCCGUGUGUAGUGGUCGCGGCCAUCGUGUACAGCGUCAUAUGUUGGCCCCAGGCAUCUUCCAGCAAGUUCAGUCAGUAUGCGAUGCAUGCGGCGGGAAAGGAAAGACGGUGCAUAAUCCGUGUACGGUGUGUCAUGGAGCUCGCGUCGUACGAGAGCCGGAAACGCACACUCUCGACAUCGAGAAAGGAAUGCCACGGGGGGUUCGUGUGACGUUUGAGAAUGAAGGAGAUGAAAGCCCGGAUUGGGUGGCUGGAGAUCUCAUCGUGAACGUGCAAGAACUGGACCCAAGCCUUGGUGAAGAAGACCAUGAGAAAACGGACGGCACCUUCUUCCGGAGAAGAGGGAAUGACCUGUUCUGGACCGAAGUGCUGAGUCUACGGGAGGCCUGGAUGGGCAGUUGGCAGAGGAAUAUCACGCAUUUGGAUGGCCACAUUGUUCAACUCAGCCGACCGCGAGGAAAAGUGGUGCAGCCGAACGCGGUGGAAGUCAUCUCUGGCGAGGGGAUGCCGAUAUGGAACAACGACCGAAGCAACGAUAGCGGCGACGAAGAAUAUGGUGCCCUGAAUGUCGAGUACGUUGUGAUCCUACCGGAUACCAUGGCGAGUGGAAUGGAGAAGGAUUUCUGGAAUAUGUGGGAGAAAUGGAGGAAGAAGCUGGCGGUGAACCUAUGGGAUGACAGCGGUCGGUCGAAAGCGGCACCCAUACACAACGAGCUUUGAUUCCAUUUUCCCGCAUUGCAUUUCGAAUUCGGCGUUCGGGGGCCAACGGAAGGUCGGGAGCGAUAUUCAUGUUCUAUGUAACGUUAUGGGAUCCGCAAUUGCUCAUAGACGUUUGGCAUAUACCUGUAUUUCUCGCAUUCGGCAAAGAAGGAAUGAUUAGCGAUCUAAUCAAUACUUCGAUAUGCUCAUUGUUUUGACCGGAGGCAACUAUAUCCACGGCUUUGUACAUCCGUACUGGUAUUAUGGAUACUAUAUCAUGGGCAUCACAAGCAUCACAGACAUCACGGGCAUCGUCGUAUUGUGAAAUGUUCCUUCAUCC